AUGAGCGCGUUCGUUCCGGACACCUCGUUUCAUGGUCUUGGUGAGAUCAACUCGUACUUCUCGAUGACUCACCGCGCUGUCUGGGCGGAAAUCCAAAAACACCUGACCCACAACAACUACAGUAACCAUGACGUCAUCUUUACCGGUCACUCACUCGGAGGCUCCCUAGCGGCUCUCUCCGCAUUCGAGACGGUUUUGACGGGAAUUCGGGAGACGAAUCAGGUGAAGGUGGUGACGUUGGCGGAGCCACGGACGGGCAACAUGGUUUUUGCGAAGAAUUUCGAUCAACACGUGAAAUACAGUUUCCGAAUCAUCAACGGAAUCGACGUGCUCGCACAUCUCCCUCCAUGCCACAAGGAUUACCGCUUCUGGCCCCGUAUUGAUCUACCGUGUGACCCACGUAGCCGGACGGGUCCCUAUCAUCAUAGUACUGAGAUUUGGUAUCCGGAUGGAAUGAAUGAGACCGCCCGUUAUAUAGUUUGUAAUGGGAGUCAAGGAGAGGAGUUGUUCUGCUCCGAUCGGGUUCAUGUGACGGUCGCGAAUCUGGGGAGAGGGAUCGCGGAUCAUCGGAAAUAUUUUGGGAAAAUGGUAACGCAAUAUGGCAACUCGAAUUGCAACCGCAAUCGAACUUUUGAUGAGAACGAGGGAUUCUUGGGAAAAGUGAAAGUGAUCUCGGAGUUGAUUAAGAAAAUUGUUUGA